AUGAGAGUCUUGUGUGUGGCCGAGAAGCCGUCCAUCUCCAAGGCCGUUGCUGGCCAUCUCUCCGGUGGCUCUCAUCAGACGCACAACACGCGGAGCCAGUACAUCAAGAAUUACUCAUUCGAUUUCGAUUUUGGCUCACAAUGGGGAAACUGCUCCGUUACCAUGACAUGCGUCACGGGCCACUUGACCAACGUUGAAUUUACGCCGGAAUACAAGAAUUGGAGUCAUCCGCCACCGGAGUCGCUCUUUAGGGCACCGGUAGUGACGAGUGUCCAUGACGAUAAGAAACAGAUUGCCAAGAACCUCGAAUCCCAGGCUCGGUAUGCCCGACUUUUAGUCAUCUGGACCGAUUGUGAUCGCGAAGGUGAGCACAUCGGCCAAGAGAUUGUUACAGCCGCACAAGCAGGAAACCCAACCAUCCAAGUUAAGCGGGCUAGGUUUAGCAACAUUGAACGAGCCCAUGUCCUCUCGGCGGCUAGAAGUUUGGCAAACUUGGAUGAAAAACAAGUCGACGCUGUUUCUACUAGGAUCGAGUUGGAUCUUCGCAUCGGCUAUGCCUUCACUCGAUUUAUCACGAAUAGUCUGAGGCCCCUGGGCGGGCCGAUGGAGAAUCUGACCCUGAGUUAUGGGUCAUGUCAAUUUCCAACCCUCGGUUUUGUCGUUGAUCGAUACUUUCGCGUGAAGAAUUUCGUGCCAGAACCAUUUUGGAGCAUUAAGAUGAUGCACAACCGAGACAGCAAGAAGAUCAAUUUUAAUUGGCAGCGUAAUCAUCUCUUCGAUCGAAUGUCAACAGUUAUUCUAUACGAGAGAUGUCUCUCUGCCAAGACUGCCACUGUAUCCAAGGUCCAGGAGAAACCAACCCGGAAGUUCAAGCCUUUGCCCCUCACAACAGUCGAGUUACAAAAGGCUGCGACGAGUCUCCUGCGUAUGACUGGUCAGCAGGCUAUGACUAUUGCCGAGGGACUCUACAACAGGGGGUUUAUCAGCUAUCCGAGAACCGAAACAGACCGAUUUGAUAAGGGCAUGAAUCUCAGAGCUCUUGUCCAGAAGCAGACGACCGACCAAAGGUGGGGUCAAUAUUCGCAAGCCCUCGUGAAUGGGGCUUUCCAACAACCAAGGGAAGGCAGGCAUGAUGACAAGGCCCAUCCACCCAUCCACCCAAUCACACAUGCUUCACCAAGUGUGCUUACAUUUGACGAGGGCCGUCUCUACGAGUACGUUGUUCGCCGUUUCCUGGCCUGUUGUUCAGAUGAUGCCAAAGGCAUGGCAACCGAUGUCGAUCUUGAAUAUGGAGAAGAAAUCUUCAGUGCCCACGGGGUGAUUGUGUUGGAGAGGAAUUAUCUUGACGUUUUCAUCUACGAGACUUGGAAUAACUCGGUCGAGCUGCCAAAAUUUACCAUGGGGGAACGGUUCGAACCGACCGAGGCUGUGAUGACUGAAGGAAAGACGUCACCCCCCGGUUAUCUCACCGAGGCCGACCUAAUUGCACUCAUGGAUGCCAAUGGGAUCGGCACUGACGCAACCAUGGCUGAGCACAUUCAGAAGAUUCAAGACAGGGAAUACGUUGCAACAAUUGAUCGAUCAGGUCAGGCAUCAACAGGCGACGAGGAGCCGGGCGACGCCCCGCCUGCAAGAGGAGGCCGAGGACGGGGCGGACGGGGCGGCAGAGGCAGCCGAGGGCGAGGGGGAGCUUCGUCAGCUGGGAGUCGGAGGGGCGUGAAAGUAUUCGUACCGACGCAACUGGGGGUGGCCCUCAUUCUGGGCUUCGACCGGAUGAACUUCGAGACGAGUCUCGGCAAGCCAUUCCUGCGCAAGGAGAUGGAAUUGAAGAUGAAGGCUAUAUGCGAAGGUCGUACGAGCAAGGAAGUGGUGCUCCGAGAGAGCAUUGCUCAGUAUCGCCAUGUGUUCAUGCAGACGCAAGAGAAACUGGAUGUUCUGCGAGCGGCAUGCCGUGAGUUUGUCUUUGCACGACCUGGGAGUUGA